AUGGCUGCUAAUAGAAAAAAUGAAUUAGAAGAUCUUAUGAAACAGAUCUAAAAUAUGCCAGAUAAUGACGAAGAAGAUUUUGAUGAAGAGGCAGAGAAAAAAAACAUCAAAAUGAGAUUAGCUUAAGAGGAAAAAGAAUUAGGUUAAAUGGAAAAGCAAGUUAAGAGUCUAGCUGGUUAAGUUGGAGUUUAAUUCGAGGAUAUGGACGAAGGAGACAUAGUUGGGUAGGGAAUCGGCUAAAGGAGUGUUGUAGGGAAUAAAUAAUAAUUACCCUAAAAAUAGGCGCAGCAAUAAAAUAAAAAAAACCACAGUGAAGAUUUAAUGAAUAUGAUCUAAAAUAUGAAAGAUGUGGAUAAUAAUGAAGACUUUGAUGAAGCUUAGCAUAGAAAGAAUAUGGCUAUGUACAAGGAGGAUGAAAAAGACUUUGAAAACGUCAAUAAAAUGAUGAAAGGUCUUUAAGGAUAGUUAGGAAUAAAAUUAGUAGAUGAUGAUGGUGAAGGUCAAGUAAAUAAGGGAAACUAACAGGUUUCAUAAAAACAGGCUGCUUCUAGCAGCUAAGAGGAAUCUAUUAUAAAGACGGAUGAAUAGUUUUCUAGCUUGAAGGACAUGGUUUGCAUUACUACAUUUGCAUAUGAAUAUAAAAAUACUGAAAAAUAUGUCUCAACCAAAAAAUAUCCUAAACUUUUUGAGCAUUUUACUACAAAAAGACAAAAGAUUGUUGAUAACAUUAACAAAUUCAAGACUUGGAUAAGCACUGGUUAGCUAAAGUCUGAUGAUUAUAUAACCAAGAACCUCGAAGGUGCUUUAGCUAAUCAAGAAAGGCUGAAAAAGUCUGCAACUGGAAAUAUUGCUGCAACUAUAGAAUAGAGAAUCAAAUAUAUUAAAUUAGAAAUAGGAAAGUUAAGGUUAGACCCAAAUUAUAUUUAAACUAUAUUAAAGAAUGCAUUUAAUAUCAUCGGAGUAGCUGCAUAACAGAAAGCUCCUCAAGCACCAUCUAUGACAGCAACUCAGAUUUUGGCUGCAUCUUAAGACCAGCUUUCCAUUCCUGAAAAGAUAAAACUGAUAUCAAAAUACCAUAAGCAAAAUCACAACCUUGCUCUUUUCUACAGAGCAAAUGUUCCUGAAAUGGCUUAAGCUUUGCAAACAUUCUACAUUCCUACUCUUUAAGAAUCAAACGAACUGAUCAAGCAGUUAUAGAAUGGUUAAAAUGUUUCUAUUUCAAGCUUUAUUGAGACAAAAUUACUCGAAAUAACUCCUGAAGUGUUUUAGAAAUGUGAUGUACAAAAAUUCGAAGCAAAUAGAAGUUUUUACAUCGACAAGCUUGACUUAGCAAUAAAGUCUGAGUUUGAUCUUUAAAAGAUGAUUGCUAACUAAAAGAAAGUUGCAAAAGUGAAUUAAAUAAAUGAUCAGAGCAACUUAAGAAUAAAAUAAUACGAAAUAGCUAAAUCAGCCCUCUAAAAGCUAAGUUUUAACUAAUAUCUUCUUUUCCCUUAAAUAACUACUAAGGAAAUAAAACUUGACUUCUCUCUAGAUAAUAAAGAGAUCGACAAGAAUGUUAUUGUUAUUAUGCUGAAAAGGCUCGUUGACUGCAAAGCAGAUAAAUAUAAAAUAAGCUACUCCUUCACUCCUGAGCAGUAAUGUCUUUCUCAUUAAACAGACUGGUGUAAUUAGUCCUUAGUCUUUAACAGCACUUAAAAGUUUACCUUAUAGCAGGGAAAAUACCCUCAGGAUCUCCACAAAAAGAAAAUAGAUAUUAUUCUCUUCCAGAAAGGAUUCUUUUCUGACAGUGAAUAUGCAAGGGGCAGCAUUUCUUUAGCUGACUUGGAAACAAACAAUACUAUUGAUUCUGCUCUUAUCUUAGACCACAAAGGAAAGCAUUUCUAAUUGGAGUAUGGUGUUUAUAUCAGAGCACCUAUUUCUAGUGUUGGUAGCAAAUCAAUAGUUGUUUAUGAGUUUAAAUAGUAUCCUGCAUUUAAUGUAAACGAAGGAGUUGAUGAUUUUAUCAAAAAAAACCUUGCAAAUAUUUAGCAAAAAGAGGAAGUAAAUUAAAAGCCAGCUGUCGAGUAAGUUCAAAAGCAAUAACCAAAAGAAGAAAUUUAGCACUAGAAAACUCAAUAGCAAGCAUAAUAAUAAUAAUAAGCUCCUCAAAAUAUUGUUCAGCCAUAAGAGUAAUAGUAGUAGCCAGCAUAAUAGCAACCACAAUAAGAGGAAGAAGAAGAAUUUAAAGGAGAGAAUCUAAUUUCUGACAAAUUUGUUUAUAGAGAUGCUAAUAGCGAUGAUUUGAAAAAGAUUCAAGCAUUUGAUAAAAUACCAGCAGGAUUAACUGUAAAUGAUUUGUUGGAUUUAGAGAAUCCUUCUAAAUAUAGAUGUAUUUCUUACUUAGCCUGUGGUGAAGAUAUGAUAAAUAAUGGUAUAAAGGCAGGAGAAUACACUGCUGUACAAAGGAGAAACAUUAAUAAAAUAAAAACGAAAUUCUAAGAAGAAAAAGAGAUAUUAAAAAUUCAUUGUGAGUCUGGCAAAAUCAGUGGUGAAGAUUACGUUGAUAUUUAAUAGAAAUUAAUUGACAAUGAUAAUAAAUUAAUUUGGGCCUACACAUAAAUUGGGUUGCCAGAUUGGGUUGAAUUUGUUAAAGCUAGAAAGCAAAUGAUUGUCAAUGAUUUAAGGGAUAACUGUGAAAUUUAAUAUGAAGGAAAGCCAUUCCCAUGA